CCUCCACGCCCCUCUCAUUCUCACCGCUCCCACCCACAUCCACCUCGCCUCCUCCCUCCCCCUCCAACUCUCUCUGCCUCUGCACGCCUCCGCUCCACCGCGUGAGCUCUCUGGUGGUGGACUGGUGGCGGCGGCGGCGGCGGCGGCGGCUCGGCACCGGACCCAGCUAGCCAUGACGGCAGUCGACGCCGAGCCCUACGCGGUGGUCGCGACGGCCGCGGACAUCAUCUGCUCGCUCCGCGGCGCCGACCUCGCCGGCUGGACGCCGCCGUGGCGCAAGAGCGCGGGGGCGCCGGACCUCCCUUCCGCCCGCGACGGCGCCGGCGGCCAGGAGGAUCAGGAGGGCGGCGACGACGCACGGGGCCUGGUGGCGUGGCCGGCCGUGGCGCGCGGGAAGCGCUCGCGCUCCCGGCGGGCCGGGUCCCCGUCGGCCUCGGGCUCCGCCUCCGCCUCCAUGGGGGCAGCGGCUGUGGCGUCGAAGGAGCACGGGAAGAAGAAGAAGCCGCGGCGCGGCGCGCGGAGCAGCCCCGCGUCGCCCCUUGACUACAGCGGCUCCGGGGCGUCCACGAGCGGCGGCGAGGAGGGCGCCUUCUGCUCCCAGCCCGCGGCGCCCACGGCUCCCGCGCCCGCCGCCGCCGCGCCCUGCAGCAAGGUGGGCGGCCUCGCCGGACGGCGGUCGAUGAUCCUCCCGGUGCCGCCGCCCCGGCCCGCCGGGCAGCGGCCGCGGAAGAAGAUGAGGCUCCCGGAGAUCCAGCAGCUGGUGCGGUCGCUGUCGGUGGAGAACGACGCCCUCCGCGAGGAAAUGAAGGCGCUGGAGAGGGCCUGCACGGCGCUGUCCAAGGAGAACGGCAAGCUAGAGACAAGGAUAGAUCACUCGAGUAAGCGGAACGUGAUGAUCUCCGCGGAGACCAAAGGGAAGCCACAGCAUGAUCAUGAGCGCGCAGCUGAGCAGGACGCUCAGAGCGGCUUCUUGCUCCCUGACCUCAACCUCCCGGCUGACGACUGAUGGCUGAAAUUCCUUGGUGGCUGCAAUCUUCGGAUUGGUUUUAGCGCGCUAACCUGAUAAUUAACUGUACAUAGAGGAAGCUGGGCCACAAGGGAUUCUCGAUUCUGAUCACACGCGAGGAUACUGAAGAAGAAACGGAGCGGCUUACGUUUGUUUCAUAAGUUGUUGAAAUCUAGGGUGUAGAGACGCCAUCGCGAUCCUCCUGUCUGAAUAGUGUUGCAUGUUCAGAGAGGAGGAUCGGUUUACCUUUCGUUUUUCUGAUGAUUAUUAAGGUUCUUUAGUUGGUACCCCGCGCAACUGUGGACGGAUGCGCUGAGGGAUAUAUAAAAUAGUUUAAUGUUUUCAUGUAACUGAGGCUUCAAAAAUGAACCCAUAGUAUAGUUUCUUUUCAUCUAAUAUAUAUAGCUCAAACUGUUGAGACUGGA